GCCGGACAGGGGCGUUCUCCCUAUUGUGUGACACGGCCAGUUUAAACGCGGAAUCGGCCAAUUGCGAUGGUAAAAACACACCGUGCAUCCACACUGCUAACUUGUUUAUGUGCUGAGCGCCCGAGGAAUGCUGCUCUCCCGACAGACCAGAAUUAUGUCUACAGUGGGCGAUUAUUUCAUCCUAGACACCAUGAAGCUGCAGUGCGAGGUGGAAGUGAUCAGUCGGAUGCUGCCGACCUUCGGUAUGAGGAACAGGGGCAAAGGCAACCGAGCCGUUCUGUCGAUCGGGAAACACCACGACCGGGGCAUCAAAAACAGCGCGGCAACCAUACAUCUCUUGAUCUGCACCUUGAAAGACAAAUCGGGUAGCAAAUACAAGCUAAAAGAAAAUAUAGAGCAUUUUUUCACUAAAUUCGUGGACGAAGGAAAGGCGACCAUCCGACUUAAAGAACCAGCAGUGGACGUCUGUCUAAAUAAGGCAGAUGUGAAUAAUUUGAAGAACUUCCUUUCCGUUUUAAGGCUGGCUCACCGAGGUAGUGAAAUAGACAGUAUACCGUUGUCAAACCUGGCUCCUGCCAAAACCUCUGAGAUUGAAAAACCAAAAGCCAAAAUGGUAAUAACAUCCAGGAAGGAUUAUCCCCUGACCACAAAUUUCCCUUACUCUCUUGAGUUGCUGCAAGUGUCCUACUGCAGACUGACACGUGUGGAUAUGCGUAUGCUCUGCCUACGAAGACUACGGAAGCUGGAUCUCAGUAACAACCACAUACGCAAACUUCCAGCCAUCAUUGGGGAUCUGGCUUGCCUAUCUGAGCUGGUUUUGCACAAUAACUACUUAGAAAUAUUCAGCAUUGGAUUGUGUAAUUCCACGUUGCAGAAAUCUCUGCAGUUUUUGGACCUCAGCCACAACCGAUUGCGCGCUCUCCCUCUUCAGUUCUGUCAACUGCAAGAACUGGUUCACCUAAAGCUUGAUGACAAUGAGUUACUCCGGCUUCCUUCCAAUAUUGGACAGCUAACCAAACUGCGAUUCCUUACAGCAGCACGCAACAAGUUGCCUUACCUCCCGUGCGAUUUUCAACUGCUGUGCCUUGAGAAUGUGGAUCUAUUUGGAAACCUAUUUGACCACCCCAACCCUCUGCUUCCGACUAUUCAUUUACAGAUUCCAAUGACUCUCUUAGAGGUUGCAGCAAGAGCAACAAUAAAGUACAGACUUGCUUAUGGACCACACAUCCUUCCAGCUCACUUGUGUCAAGAUCUGGACUUGAUCAAAACGUGCCCUUGCCGAAGACCUUGCCUGGACUCCUUCAUUCAAGUCGUUGUCAAUCUGAACUUGCACCAGGUCUCCCACACGGUCGUCCUGGUGGAUAACAUGGGCAGCACAGAGGCCCCCAUUCUCUGCUACUUCUGUUCACUAACUUGUUACUCUGAGUUCCUUGAUAAGUACCAUCAACGCAACAGAUAAUCAAGCUGCGUGGUAGGCUGUGGGAUAUUGGGCCAUUGUGUUAAUGUGUAACGAUUUCAAGUGAUGCGCAAACACCACAAUCAAUGUUCACGUUGGCAAGUUUAUCUAACAUUGGUGCUUACUCCUUUAGUGGCCAAACAAAAUGUACACUCUAAGAACACCACUGUCGUUUGGGACCACACAUCAGUAUUGCAGUCUUUUCGGGACAAAGCCUUUAACUGGAAAAGGUUUCCAUUUUAAGCAUAAUAUGAUGUUUAGCAGUUUUGCUACCAUAUUUUGUACUCUUUCGAUAAUUUUUUGAAAGGAAAACUUGCAUUAGUUAACAUAGUAAUUUAAGUGGGCCUUGAGUAGAUUACGUUACAUUUAAAGUUUCUAAAAUAAACUGGCACAGCAGUAUUCUGUGUAUAUAGAAUACUGGCUGCCUUUUUCCAAUAGCAA